AUGCCCUCACUGACGUCUCCCUCCAGCAGCUGCAGAUGUGCGCGAGCGCCACCAGUUGGCUCGCCCAACCAACCCACAAAUCCACCAGCCCAAAACCCACCUGGCCUAACUAACGCCCCAGCAUCUGGUGCAUCGUUUUGCCUCUUCUCCACUGGGCCACCGGUCACCAGCCAUCCGAUUUCCACAUUACGUGGCGGCCUUACUUCGUCAAUGCCAGCUCCCGAGGCCAAUUCGGCAGGUGUAUCCUCGAGGGCGGCCAGGCACGUCGGUACUCUGCCUACAGAAGAUGAGGACGAAGAGAACGUGUAUACAUCUGAGUUUGUUCUGGUCUAA